CCGCUCUCUUGUCUUCCUACUCCUGUUGCUCCUCCUCUUCCUCCCUCUUCCUGUUGCUCUUCUUCCUCCUUCUCCAUUUCCACUUCCUGAUUCUCAUCUUCCUACUCUUCUUCCCCCUCUUCGCUGUUCUUCAUUUUGUCAUCACGCUUCCUCCCCCCUCUUGUUCAUUUCCUCAUCCUUUCAUUUUCUGCCCAUUUCCCUACCUUUUCUUCCACCUGCUCUUUCUCGUCUCCGCCCUCCUUUUCUUCAUCCUCUUCUUUCCUCCCUACUCAUCUUUCUAAUUUAGCCCCGCCCCCUGCCCCUCCCCCUUUCGCCGCUAUAAAAGCCACCAAAACACCUGAAACCGUAUCCGCCACACUUCCCCCACCCCCCUCCACGCGAUGAGCCUGAGCCGCAACAAGAGGAUCAGCUCGGGCGCCCCGGUCCGCCGCUCCAACGGCUUCGGGUCGCCCGCGGCGACGUUGAGCGGCAUCUCGCUGGGCGGGGGCAACGCCGGGGCCCCGCUUUCCUCGCUGUCGGUCAACAAGAGCCUGCUGGCGCCCCUCGACCUGGAGAUCGACCCGAGCCUCUCCAUGAGCCGAGCCCACGAGAAGGAGCAGAUCAAAAGUCUCAACAACCGCUUUGCGUCCUUCAUCGACAAGGUGCGCUUCCUGGAGCAGCAGAACAAAAUGCUGGAGACCAAGCUGGAGCUGCUCCAGGGCCAGGGGGCGGGCCGCUCCAAGGUGGAGCCCCUUUUCGAGGUCUACGCGGCGGGCCUGAGGCGCCAGAUGGACGUGGUCAACAACGACAGGAGCAAACUGGACGGCGAGCUGAGGAACAUGCAGGGCCUGGUGGACGACUACAAGCACAAGUACGAGGACGAGAUCAACAAGAGGAACAACCUGGAGAAUGACUUUGUCCUUCUGAAGAAGGACGUGGACGCGGCCUACAUGGCGAAGGCCGACCUGGAAGACAAAGUGGGAGCUCUGACCGAUGAGAUCAACUUCCUGCGGGCCGUCUACGAGGAGGAGCUGCGAGAGUUGCAGGCCAGCAUCCGGGACACGUCGGUGGUGGUGCAGAUGGACAACAGCCGCAGCCUCGACAUGGACCAGAUCGUGGCCGAGGUCAAAGCGCAGUACGAGGAGAUCGCCGCCCGCAGCCGAGACGAGGCAGAGGCCUGGUACAAGAGCAAAUUUGACCAGAUGUCGGUGCAGGCCAGCCGGUACGGGGACGAGCUCCGGUUGGUCAAGGCGGAAGUGGGCGAAGUCAAUCGCCUCGUCGGCCGACUGCACAGCGAGAUCGAGGCGGUCAAAGCGCAGCGCGGCGGCCUGGAGAGCCAGCUGGCCGAGGCGGAGGACCGCGGCGAGCUGGCGGUGAAGGAGGCCAGAGGUCGCACCCGAGACCUGGAGGCCGCCCUGCAGAGAGCCAAGCAGGACAUGGCCCGCCAGCUGCGAGAGUACCAGGACCUGAUGAACCUCAAGCUGGCUCUGGACAUUGAGAUCGCCACCUACAGGAAGCUGCUGGAAGGCGAGGAAGACAGACUGGGUCAGCGCUCGGUCCUGGACGUCGUCCGCGACUCGGGCGGCAGGCGUUGCGAGGGCCGCUCUUCGCCGACGAGGCUGCUCGUCAAGACCGCCGAGGCUCCAGACCGCAGCAGAUACAGCACACGCUAAACAUCUCGCUUUACGACUCCAAUUAUUAGCACUGCAGUUUCUAAAUAUGAAAUGUAGAUUCUUGUGCGUGACCCUGAUGGUUUUUUGGAAUUUGUUUGGGGUGUAAAUUUCAUUGAAAAUCCGCAUGAAAUUCACGCCCAAUGUAAUUACAUUGAAAAUAAUACAGUAUAGGGUGGAACGGUGGGUCAGCUGGUAAAGCGUUGGCCUCACAGUUCUGAGGUCCCGGGUUCGAUCCCGGACCCACCUGCGUGGAGUUUGCAUGUUCUCCCCGUGCCUGGGUGGGUUUCCUCCGGGCGUUCCGUUUUCCUCCCACAUCCCAAAAACAUGCAACAUUAAUUGGACACUCUAAAUUGCCCCUAGGUGUGAUUUUGAGUGUGGCUGUUUGUCUCCAUGUGAUUGGCCGGCGACCAGUUCAGGGUAUACCCCGCCUCCUGCCCGUUGACAGCUGGGAUAGGCUCCAGCGCUCCCCGCGACCCUCUUGGGGAUAUGCGGCAAAGAAAAUGGAUAAUACAGUAUAGUCCCAAAUCCCCCAAAUUCAGUUCAAGAAAAAAACAUUUUUGAAAUGUAUGCGAGGGUCCACUAAAACAUAGUCUUAAAUUGUUGUAGACAAUUUUCUAUUUUCAACUUUGUUAUAAGUUAGCCGUCAUUUUUAAUUCUGUUGCUUGCACAAUUAUAAUAAAAUUGGACACACAUUUUUA